UAGUUCAGUUCAGACGCGGGUUUGUUAUUUUUCGCGGGAGAGCGCGCUGUCAGCUCCGGCUCGGUUAUAAAACCUGCUUAAUAACCUCAUAAUUUAUAUUAAAUAUGAGUCUGUGGGUGGAUAAAUACAGACCGACCUCUCUGGCGAAGCUGGAUUAUCACAAAGAUCAAGCGAACCAGCUGAAGAACCUGGUACAAUGUGGAGACUUCCCUCACCUGCUUGUUUACGGUCCGUCUGGCGCUGGCAAGAAGACUAGAAUUAUGUGCCUCCUUCGUGAGCUGUACGGAGCUGGGGUGGAAAAACUUCGCAUCGAACACCAGUCCAUUGUAGCUCCAUCUAAAAAGAAAAUUGAAAUAAAUACAAUUGCCAGCAACUACCAUUUGGAGGUGAAUCCCAGUGAUGCGGGGAACAGUGACCGUGUCGUUAUCCAGGAGCUGAUUAAAACAGUGGCGCAGUCUCAGCAGAUCCAGUCAAGCACGCAGAGAGAGUUCAAAGUUGUGCUGUUGACUGAGGUGGACCGUCUCACCAAAGAUGCGCAGCACGCCCUGCGCCGCACCAUGGAGAAGUACAUGUCCACCUGCCGUUUGAUUUUAUGCUGCAAUUCCACCUCUAAAGUGAUCUCCCCCAUCAGGAGCAGGUGUUUGGCUGUGAGGGUUCCUCUGCCCAGCAUAGAGGAGGUGUGCAGUGUUCUGGCAGGAGUUUGCAGGAAGGAAGGGUUGCUUCUGCCUGCGGAGUUGGCUAAACACAUUGCGGAGAAGUCUGGUCGCAACCUUCGCAAAGCUCUGCUGAUGUGUGAGGCCUGUCGAGUGCAACAGUACCCCUUUUCUGCUGAUCAAGACAUCCCUGAAACAGACUGGGAAGUGUAUCUCAGAGAGACAGCAAAUGCCAUUGUUAGCCAGCAAAGCCCACAAAGGCUUUUGGAAGUUCGGGCAAGACUCUAUGAACUCCUAACCCACUGCAUCCCACCAGAAAUCAUCAUGAAGGGCCUGGUGUCUGAGCUGCUGAGCAACUGUGAUGGACAUCUGAAGGCAGAGGUCGCUCAGAUGGCUGCUUACUAUGAGCACAGACUGCAAAUGGGCAACAAAGCUAUUUAUCACCUGGAGGCCUUUGUGGCAAAGUUCAUGGCCAUCUACAAGAAGUUUAUGGAGGAUGGGCUGGACAACUUCAUGUUCUAAACUGUUUCUAGCAGCCUUGCUAGUGUCCUUGUUUUGUUUGUAAAACAGAUAUGCUGUUCCUUGUAAUAAAGAUAACCUUUUGUAAAAUUUGUAAAGAUUUCCACUUUUAGUAAAUCCUUUUUAUUGGAACACAAUGUGACACUUGAUAUAUAUAUAUAUAUAGAACAUAUGAUAUAAUAAGGAAUAGACAUGUUUUGUUGGAGUGCAAACCAAAUUUAUUAUUUAAUUUAGCUGUAUAAUACAAUCACUUAAACAUGGAGCAAUAUGUAACAACAAACAAAACACACACUUUUUUAUAAGCUCUGUGGAAAUUAUGAGAAAAAUAGGUAUAAGACACUUACUGUCUAUAUAUAUUUUUUUAUAUAAAACAUAGAGGAAAUGUUUGUUUUAAAUAUAUUUCAGGAUUUUUAACAGGGUUUAGUGCGAUAUGAAUCUAGACAAUACAUAGUAAUAGAUAUUCUAUUUUCUGACAAGCUGUACCUCUUUUCUGGAAGUAUUAAAUCAAU